CAGCUUCUCCGCCCGAGCCACGCGCGGAGCUGCCGGGGGCUCCUUAGCACCCGCGCACCGGGGCCCUCGCCCUUCCGCAGCCUUCACUCCAGCCCUCUGCUCCAGCACGCCAUGAAGUCGCCCUUCUACCGCUGCCAGAACACAACCUCUGUGGAAAAAGGCAACUCGGCAGUGAUGGGCGGGGUGCUCUUCAGCACCGGCCUCCUGGGCAACCUACUGGCCCUGGGGCUGCUGGCGCGCUCGGGGCUGGGGUGGUGCCCGCCGCGUCCACUGAGCCGGCUGCCCUCGGUCUUCUACGUGCUGGUGUGUGGCCUGACGGUCACCGACUUGCUGGGCAAGUGCCUCCUAAGCCCGGUGGUGCUGGCUGCCUACGCUCAGAACCGGAGUCUGCGGGUGCUUGCGCCCGCAUUGGACAACUCGUUGUGCCAAGCCUUCGCCUUCUUCAUGUCCUUCUUUGGGCUCUCCUCGACACUGCAACUCCUGGCCAUGGCACUGGAGUGCUGGCUCUCCCUAGGGCACCCCUUCUUCUACCGACGGCACAUCACCCUGCGCCGGGGCGCACUGGUGGUCCCGGUGGUGAGCGCCUUCUGCCUGGCUUUCUGCGCGCUACCUUUCAUGGGCUUCGGGAAGUUCGUGCAGUACUGCCCCGGCACCUGGUGCUUUAUCCAGAUGGUCCACGAGGAGGGCUCGCUGUCGGUGCUGGGGUACUCUGUGGUCUACUCCAGCCUCAUGUGCCUGCUGGUCCUCGCCACCGUGCUGUGCAACCUCGGCGCCAUGCGCAACCUGUAUGCGAUGCACCGGCGCCUUCAGCGGCACCCGCGCUCCUGCACCAGGGACCGUGCCGAGCCGCGCGCGGAAGGGAGGGAAGCGUCCCCUCAGCCCCUGGAGGAGCUGGAACACCUCCUGCUGCUGGCGCUGAUGACCGUGCUCUUCACUAUGUGUUCUCUGCCCGUAAUUUAUCGCGCUUACUAUGGAGCAUUUAAGGAUGUCAAGGAGAAAAACAGGACCUCUGAAGAAGCAGAAGACCUCCGAGCCUUGCGAUUUCUAUCUGUGAUUUCAAUUGUGGACCCUUGGAUUUUUAUCAUUUUCAGAGCUCCAGUAUUUCGGAUAUUUUUUCACAAGAUUUUCAUUAGACCUCUUAGGUACAGGAACUGGUGCAGCAAUUCCACUAACAUGGAAUCCAGUCUGUGACAGUGUUUUUCACUCUGUGAUAAGCUGAGGAAUAUGUCACAUUUUCAGUCAAAGAACCAUGAUUAAAAAAAAAACAACUUACAAUUUAAAUCCUUAAAAGUUACCUCCCAUAACAAAAGCAUGUAUAUGUAUUUUCAAAAGUAUUUGAUACUUAACAAUGUGUUACCAUUCUAUAGUCAUGAACCCCUUCAGUGCAUUUUCAUUUUUUUAUUAACAGCAACUAAAAUUUUCUAUAUUGUAACCAAUGUUAAAAGUCUUAAAAAGCAAAAGUAUUAAUUGUCCCUACAUUUGUGCUUGGUGGCCGUAUUUUUUUUUUUUUAGAGAGGCCUUGAGACAUAGGUCUUUUAAAAUAUAGUAGAAACACCACCGUUUAUGAUCAUGUGAUGGGCAUUCAUAAAAAGCAUAAUUUCUUACCCUAUUCAUUUUUUGGUGAAACCUGAUUCAUUGAUUUUAUAUCAUUGCCGAUGUUUAGUUCAUUUCUUUGCCAAUUGAUCUAAGCACAGCCUGAAUUAUGAUGUUCCUCAGAGAAGUGAGGUGGGAAAUAUGACCAGGUCAGGCGGUUGGAGGGGCCUCCCCAGCCACCAUCGGGGAGUACUUGCUGCCUCAUGUGGAGACCUGAAGCUGUAACUAGACACAGAGCAAGAUACUAUAGCCCACAACCCAAAGAAGCAAAAAUUCAUUUUUAUCUUUUGAAGUCCAGUUUCUUUUGUAUUGACUCAAGGGUGUCAGCAGGAAUCAAAAGUUGGGGGUGGGUUGCAAAAUGUUCUUUCAGUUUUUAGAACCUCCAUUUUAUAAAAGAGUUAUCCUAUCAAUGGAUUCUUUGGUGGAAGGAUUUAUGCUUCUUUGAAAACCAGUGUGUGACUUACUGUAGAGCCAUGUUUACUGUUUGACUGUGUGGCACAGUAGGGCAUUUGGCACAGCAAAGAGCCCACCCAGGACUUAGCCUCAGUUGACGAUAGUAACAAUGGCCUUAACAUCUACCUUAACAGCUACCUAUUACAGCCGUAUUCUGCUGUCUGUGGAGACAGUAAGAUCUUAGGUUCCAAGACUGUACUUCAAAUUACACCUUCAAAACUGGAGCAGGAUAUAGCUGAAAAGGAGCACAACUGAGCACUUUAAUAGUAAUUUAAAAGUUUUCAAGGGUCAGCAAUAUGAUGACUGAAAGGGAAAAGUGGAGGAAACGCAGCUGCAACUGAAGCAGAGACUCUCAACCCAGCUUGCAGGUAAGAGCUUUCACCUUUGGUAAAAGAACAGCUGGGGAGGUUAGAGGGGUUUCAGCAUCUCUGGAGUUCCUUUGUAUCCGACAGUCUCAGGACUCCGAGGUGCAAAGCCUGCUACAUUUGCGUGGUCUCAAGACCUCCAGCCAGAAGUCCCUUCCAAAGAUAAGAGUACUCGUGUUUAUUUAUUUCCAACUUAGCAGCAACCUCAUUUGUUUCACUAAUGUUUUUUCCAGUAUCUGAGAUAAUAUAAAGCUGGGUAAUUUUUUAUGUAAUUUUUUGGUAUAGCAAAACUGUGAAAAAGCCAAAUUAGGAAUACAAGAAGUAUGAUUUGACAGUAUAACAUGAUGAAAAAAAUACAAUUGUUUUUGAAAUUUAACUUUUGUUUGUAUCCUCAAUGUGUAAGUACAUGUGUGUUUUAUUGUCAGAGGAAGAACAUGUUUUUUGUAUUCUUUUUUGGAGAGGAGUGUUAUGAUAAUUGUCCAGUUAAUUUGAAAAGGCCCCAGAAGAAUCAAUAAAUAUAAUUUUAUA